UUCACAGGAUCAAGCAUAAUAAUGCAUCUAUAUAUAUACACCUAAUUCCAUGGUUUCUCAAACAACACAAGGUCAUUCAGAUAUUUCUUUCUUACAACUAGUUUGAGAUCAAUAUUCAUUACCUUGAGAUCAACAAUGGGUUUUCGCAUUCCGGGUAUUAGAAAGGUAUCAUCUUCUGCAGUCCAAGCAGCUUCCAAGGGGUUUGAUCAAGUCCCAAAAGGCUAUCUUGCUGUCUACAUCGGUGAUAACAUGAGGCGGUUCAUGAUUCCUAUAUCAUACUUGAACCAACCUUCUUUUCAAGAACUACUAAACCAAGCAGAAGAAGAAUUCGGAUAUGAUCAUCCGACCGGCGGCCUCACAAUACCAUGCAAUGAGGAUGAGUUCCUAAGGCUCACCUCUAAGCUUGAAAGGUUAUAAGUAAUCAUGUUUGAUGCAGAGACUUAGAUUUUAGCAGAGGCAAAUGUACAGAAGGCACUUUUCUUUUAUCUAAACAUUCCCCAUUUUUGGUUUCUUCCUAGAAUCAAUCAUUCUUUUGGAAGUGGUACAAUGAAUUUGAAUGAGAAAAUUAUGGUAAGAUA